AUGGCUUCCGUCACCUCACAAAACGCCUCCCCGCACGCUGGAUCCUCACCAUACGACUUCGACUCAAACGGCGACACUGAUGAAUCAUGGCAAUACAUUGAUUAUUCGAGCAGCGCGUCUGUUACCGGUUCUAUCGGGUUUCUUCCCAGCCCUGCAAGUGGCAGCUUGAACGGCUUCGCCAUCGUCGGCCAUGUUUCAACGCCAUCUCAGGGCGGGCUUUCGCCAGGUUCCAUGGUGGAUAUGGAUCCCACAGUCUUCCUCCCAGCCAGCACUACAUAUCAACAAGAAACCGAGUUUGUGACCGCGGACCUGUUUUCAAGUGGUGUCGAAAGGCCCCCAAGCAGUGCAGAUGCAAGCUUUCCGCAAGGCGAGGCUGCGUUUAUGACGCCGCAGCAGUAUCUGUUUAUGCCGUCCGGCGCAGCAAGCUUCCAGCCGCAAGAGCUCAAUGAUCUCACGCCUUUUAUGAACGACUUCCCGGUCGACUCGUUUUCGAUGAUGAAUCAGACCAGUCCGGCGCCACAGUCGCUGCCUCAGCAGAAUGUUAUUCAGUCAUUGCCAUCGGAUGCCCACAUGUCGCCAAGCCUGUCGCCAUGGAACCAGGCUAGCCCCAGUCUUUCCGCUGCUGAAAGCAAGUUUGUGUUUGAGGAAAUGACCUCUUCGCCAAGCCAUCUGAGCACCGCUUCGUCCUCGAGCCCCAGGUCGCCUGCUGUCAAAUCCGAGGCGAGCAGCAAGUCUGGAAAGUCGAUACGUAAAGUGAUUGGAGGCAAAGUUGAGAAGAAUAAGAGCGAUGCCUCAAGCAGCAAAUUCGUUAUUGUCACGCCGACAACUAUUAGUGCCCGUGCCGGCAAGCCGAACCCAUUUGAAUGCUUCGAGGCCAUGAGGACGACGCAAAAGGGUCGGAAGGGCCCCCUUGCAAACGAGACAAAGGAGAGCGCACUGCAAGUUCGGAGGGUGGGCGCAUGCUUUUGCUGUCAUAGCCGCAAGGUCAAGUGUGACAAGGAGAGGCCGUGCAAGCACUGCAAGAAGCUGAUGCUGCAGGUACCGCAAGUGGUAUGCUGGCAGUUUCAAGACUUUUUGCCCGUCUUGUUCCCUGAGUUCAUCCGUGGGCACUUCAAGAAAGAUGUUAUGACUAGCUUCAUCACCGAGAACGUUGAGGGCUUCACAGUCAAUGGAGCAGAGCAGUUCUGCAAUGUUGAGCUCUCUUCGGGCCCACGGUUUGCUACUACCCUGACGCUUCAGGCCAAGUUUUUCACGGCCAAGACCUGUGACGUUCUACAACACUGGCAUUUGAGCAAUGGCGAAGACCAUGUCGACCUCCAAUCACAAGGGUCGGCGCCCAUUGGCAUCGAGCUUAACAAGGGGCCCCAAAAGGACGAAAUGAAGAAGCUGACCAAGGGAUACAUUCAAGCCCUUGUAAACGAGCCGCUGCUCGCAGAUCAGUUGACCGAUUCUUUCAGAUCAACUAGGCUCCCUAACAAGAUUCUUUCAAUCGUACAAAACUUUGCAAAGAAGUCAGAUUCUACCAUGGUCAAACGGGCUCUUUCGAUCUACACCAUGCACUAUGUCAUGACCCGGCAUCUCUGCCUAACUCGCCAAUCCAUCCUCUCUCUCCAACCAACCGGCCUCGUACCUCAGAACACCCCCUGGGUCACUCCCCGAGUGCUGGCGCGGCAAAUCAAGUCUCUCGUUGACGAGCUCAUCUUACGCGAUAUGCAGCACCUCUUUGAGCUCUUUUCCAAGUCACUCAAGCCAAAACUUCGACGAGAAUGGGCGCCGUGUCUUGCAUCAUUCCUCAUCCUUUGCCUCUUCAUGGAGGCUGUUGAAACGGCCGCGGAUAAUUUCGUCGUGUCGCAGAAUGAAAUUGACUUGAGGAACAAAUAUUCUCCCAAAUACAAGAGAUCGCUGGCUCUGGACACCUGCAAGGAGCUAGAGAACAUGCCCUUUAAACAGUUUGCAUACCAGUUUCACCAUCUUUAUCAGACGCAUACAAAGGAUGCCAACACGAGGAGCUUCAAUCCUCUGUUCGACAACAGCUUUGUCGAGCAGGGUGAGCUUGACCCUGCCGCGGUGGAAAUGGUACAGGCUUUGAGAGAGCUUUUCCAUGGAGAAGACUGGCAAGACAUGCAGUUCCUUGCUGACGACGAGCUCUUAUUACAUAGAGAGGAGCAUCCCUACCCUAUGGAUACAUCGUUUCUUUAUACUGGGCGUUUGGUGGCCAAGUUUUUGUUGUCCUUUACGAACGAGAGCGUCAUCUUUGCAAGCAAGAUCUGA